AUGGUUCGCGCGACUAAAAUCCUUUUAUGUGGUGCUUCAGGAGCUGGAAAAACCAGUCUAGUCUACUCCCUUGAAACUCCUACAAACACUCUCCCAGACCUUCAAAAACACCUGCCAACGUAUGAGGACACUUAUACUCUGUGUAUAUCGGCUGAAAAGAGUAGCCAAGAAAAGGUUCGCAUCUACGAAAUCGGUGGUAUGAACACCUCAAUAGGUCGACAUUUCGUGAAUUCAUCUGACGCUCUUAUUCUGGUCUUCGACAUCACAAGUUUCGACUCCUUUGCUGCGAUGCAGAAAAUAAAGGCAGAUAUCGAUUGCAUAAAGGAAAAACGGGAAAUGCCCACAGUGAUUAUCGGAAAUAAAAAUGAUCAACCCAGAAGUUCUCAAUUUGAAAACUUCCCACCGGGCGCCUGGGCUCAACGAGAAAAAGUUGGGUAUUUUGAGACAAAUGCUUAUGACAAGGCAACUUUUCUACAGAUCCUUUCUGGACUAGUACUCAGGGUAAGACGUCGUUUGCAUUCGGGAAACGGGAAGUCUCCAAUUCUUUCAUUCCAACUUUCUGGGAGUGACCCAUCUUUUAAUGCUUUGGUUUACUAUUUUCUGACUACUACUGUUAUUAUUGGUAAAGAUAACGAAGAUCUCGAACUGAAAAGCGCGUCUUUGUUUGUGUUCGCAAUUCUGCCAGCGUUUUCCUUACCUCUUGUGGGUCCAAAAGGCACAGGGUCAAUCAAAUCGUGUGUCUGCAUUGCCUAUGCAGAGCAAAGCGAAGUUCUUUUUGCCGGACAUGCAGACGGUCACAUCAGCGCCUGCAAUUUCGUCUGGAAACGUCAAUGCGCAGCGUGGCUCGCUCAUCCCCAAUCUCAGGUCAUCGGCUUGUCUGUAGCCCCUUGGAAAGCGGUGACGCGUGAAGCCUGUCUCAUCUCUCAGGGUAGAGAUGGCAAAAUUCGGUUUUGGGAUACUGAUCUAACCCCCUCUCCUAAGCCCCUGCUAGAAGUAGUUUGCUGCCAGUACACUCUCUGUCCCUUCAACAUCUGGCAACCUAGCAGCAAUCUCCACACUGAUCGCUACCUCGUCUACGUUGGAGUGGAUGAGGAGGACGCCUCCACAGUCAACCUAGAGGCGAUUCGAUCGCUAGACAGUUUGACUAUCUGCUCCGUAGAUGCAAGUCAAAUCUCCCGGCUGGGCAUGUGUAUGGCACUGAGUGGAGUCACUUGUGACGGAACCUGUUACUUUUUGGGUGGAUUUGAGGCAGGCUGUGUGGUGCUUUUUGUGGAGGGCAGACAGGUGGCUCGAGUCUCACCUCUCUCGCCAUCAGACAUUCGACCAAUCACGUGUCUGGCAGCUUUCACUGUCAAUGCGUCCAUAACGCUUAUCGCUGUGGGUAAAUCUGCUGUAGCCGAUGGGGACGAACAGCUGCCUGACUUUGAGCUUCUCAAGCUAACGUCCGAAGACCCCUCCAACUUCCUUCUUGAGCGUUGCACCAAAAAGCCUCCCAGCAAUGAGUUCAAUGGCAUCAGUUCAUUGACCUGGCGCAAUGACGGUCGAUUGUUGGCUGCUGGCCAAUGGAACGGUGACAUACGUUGUUUCGCCGUGACACCUAAAGGUCGUGCUCGUUGCCUCGGCAAUCUGCGUAGCCCUGGAGCUGUGGUUGGCGGAGGUACUCUGCUCGGCGAUUGGUCCUCAAUCUUGACCGACCCCUCUAAGCUAACCCCGGGGGAGCGGGAUCAGUCGCUCUCCGUUCGUGGAGCCCUCUUCCUCCCGUCUAAGUGGCUUAUAACCACUGCACCGGCCUCUGCAGGAGGAUUGGGAACCUUAAAUGUUUGGGACGUGUACAGGGACUCUUGA